AUGAAUCAUUAUGAUGUUCAGUUAAAAAAAGGAGAAAUUUAUGAAUAUAGGAUUCUUAAAUUACUUAGAUCAAAUGGUAUUAAAUGUUAUGCUCGUCGCUUAUAUUAUGAAAUCAAUAAUAAUAAAAAAUUUAUCGGUGAUGGUGGAAUAGAUUUAACUGGAAAUUAUAAUGAAGUAUUUUUUGCUAUUCAAGCAAAGUAUAGAAAGAAUCGUUAUGAUGAACAAGCUGAAGAUAUUGAAAAAUUUGAUAAAGCUUUAGAAUCACAACCUAGAGAAGUAGUAGGAUUUUUUGUAACAACUAUUGAUUUUUCAGUCGAAUCUAAAGAAGCAGCAUUAAAUUCUAAAAGAAAGAUAUUUUUAUGUAAUACAGACAAUAUCGUUAGUAAAAUUAAAAGUUUAUCAUUGGUAAAAGAAAAAGUAUAUAAAAAAAAUAUAAUACUAGAUGAUAAAGAACAAUCAUUAAAACCUUCAGCUAUUGAAAAACGAAUAGAUAAAUGGGAAAAUAAUGGAUGGCGUGGACAAAAUAAUCAAGAACUUAAAGCACCAAGAAAAUUAUUACAUUUAAGAGCUAAAAAACAAAAUUACGAUUCUACAUAUGUUGGAGAAAAUAUAGCAUGGAAUUAUGAAAAUGAACAUGAUGUAGUUAAAGGAUGGAUGGGUUCUAAAGGUCAUCGUGAAAAUAUAUUAAAUAAAAAUUAUAAACAUAUGGGUAUAGCUUAUUCUAAAAAAUAUUGGACGCAAGUUUUUGGUAAGGAACUUGUAUAA